CCUUUGCUUUCCCAUCCUUAGAGGUGGUAGCAUCUGAAAGCUUCAAGUUAAUUGAUUGAUAUGUCAUAAUCAUCAUUUCAAAUAUAACAAGCACGUACAGCCAACAAUGGAUUAUGAACCUCCAUUCUUGGAGACUUACAAGACCCUUCUGCAAAAACACCUUGGGGACUCAAAAACAGAUUCCUCCUUCUCUGUGGUGGAGACAUGUGAGCUACCUUUGAUUGAUCUGAGCCGGUUAGCACUUGAAAAUCCAGAGAGAGAUGAAUGCAUAAGAGAAGUCAGUGAAGCUGCUAGUCGUUGGGGUUUCUUUCAAGUUGUUAAUCAUGGGAUUUCACAGGAGCUUUUGGGAAGCAUACAAUAUGAGCAAAGGAAAGUGUUCUAUCAGCCUUUUGUGAACAAGUGUUCAGAAUAUGUCUUUGAUUUAUCAGCCAAAACUUACAGGUGGGGGAACCCAUCUGCUACCAAUCUGAGGCAGCUUUCAUGGUCAGAAGCCUUUCACUUUCCUCUCACAGAUAUAUCAAGGAUGCACCACCAACACAUAAGUCUAAGAUCAAGCCUUGAUGCUUUUGCAACAAGAAUGGCCCCACUUGCGGAAAGCUUGGCUGAAAUUCUAGCCUGCAAAGUGAAUGUGAAAUCCAGCUAUUUUCCACAGAAUUGCUUGCCAAAAAGCUCUUACAUUCGACUGAACAGAUAUCCUCCAUGCCCAAUAUCUUCAAACGUGUACGGUUUAUUGCCUCACAAUGACACUAGUUUCCUUACCAUCGUUUAUCAGGAUCAUGUUGGGGGAUUGCAAUUGCUAAAAGAUGGAAAAUGGAUUGGUGUCAAGCCUAAUCCACGUGCUCUAGUUGUUAAUAUUGGCGACUUAUUUCAGGCAUUGAGCAAUGACGUUUAUAAAAGUAUAAAACACCGUGUGGUUGCUGCUGAAAAGGUAGAGAGGUUUUCCAUAGCAUUUUUCUAUUGCCCCUCCGAGCAGGCAGAAAUACAAAGCAACCUCAAGCCAACUAUAUACAGGAAAUUCACUUUGAGGGAGUAUAUAGAGCAGACCCAGAUAGAUGUCAAGCACAGCGGUGAUAAAGUUGGGUUAUCUAGAUUUGUUCUCUAG